AUGGCCGAUCCCCUUUCAAUUAUCGGGACAGCGGGAGCGAUCGCAAAUAUUAUCGAUGUUCUCACCAAAACGAUCACAACGGUAUGCGACAUGCGACAAGCCUGGAAAAUCGCCGAUCUCAGCGUGUUCGCAUUCGAAAACCAGCUCAAUCUCCUUAAAUUCGCACUUUUUGAGAUCCAGAAAUGGACCGAAUCAAGAUCCAGUGAGCAAUCCCAUCAAUUGGUGAUGCAGGUGGACAGCUGCGUAACGUGUUGCCGACUUCUCAUUGGCAAGAUUGAUGGUGAAGUAUCGCAAUUUCAGAAGAACGUAGCCGGAGACUUGGAACUUGGUUCCAAGCUUUCGUUUCUUUUCAAAACCAAAGACAUGGAGCAGAUUCAGCGGAUGGUUGAUCAGCAAACACAUACACUGACUCUUUUGUUAACUGCAUGCAACUCAAAUGCCUUGAAAGAGCAAACGAGAAUCUUGCAGCAACCUAAACUUGUGCGAGCUCUCCAGGACAUGGAUCGAGACACGGCUUCUCUCAUUGUUCAUCGAGACUCAGACUCCAUAAUCACAGCUACAUCUGUAAGCUCUUCGAGAUGGUCCAUUCAAUUCGCGUUCGAUCGAGAGUUGUUUAUCACCAAGGUUUACGACAAAUGGAUCCGGAAGCUUGCAACGACGCGGCGGAACACCCGUCACGACUCGGAAGAUACAACGAGUGCACCUAUUGAGGAGCAGCAAAUGGCUCUUACCCGUACAGAAACUGCCGCAUCAGAGGAACCAUCUCGAUCAUCAGAAAGCUCCGGAAAACGAAUGGAUACUUUAGCACGUGCCACCAUGGGGAUAGAGAUGCAACCUCUGAGGCAAAGCCGAACCAGAAGCAGCUUAAAACUUCAAACUAAGGUGUCCCGACGUAUUGAUCAAAAGUUGAGAGACGAUUUGAAGUCGGCCGAUCGAGAGAUCAAAGUAAUGGUCCUUGGUUCAGAGUCAAGGAAGCGAGUCUUUGAAGAGAUGAGUUUAUCAGGCAGCCGAUUACAAUGUUACACCGCUGAGCAACUCCGUAUGUUCCGUCCCCUAAUCCUCGGCAUAGCUUUAGAAAGUGUUCAGUAUUUGACAAAGAAGCUAUUGGUCCAUGGAGCCAUCAGAGAAGAUCCCAUACGGGCAUGUUUGGAGGAUGUGAUGAUAUGCCAUAAAGAAGACUUGGAUCUCGACAAUGGGUUUGAGCACUGGGUUGUCCAAAUAUUCCGCACAAUAAUGGAGCACCCGGCGACCAAGGCCUUGUUGGCGGACGAAACCCGCGUGCUUCCAGAGGCUGUUUCUUAUUUCUUAGACCAAAUCGAAAAGACAAUGCAAGAUGACUAUAUCCCGACAGACUGGGAUGCUAUAAGCUGUCCAACACCACUGCCUGGCUGCGUGGAGGCUUCGUUCAACAUGGGCCAGCUCACUAUGCGAUUGACAGACCCCGGCAACGCAACCGUCAAUCGGACAAAACUAUUUCCUCAGCUCGAGACGGCAUUCGCCGUGAUAUACGUUUUCGAUCUAAGCAGCUUCAGCUUCGAAGCCUUGCUUCAGUAUGAAUCAACCGUCAAUUCACAUUGGUUGAGAAAUUCGAGCAUCAUUGUCAUCUUCAACAAUUUCAAGGGAUUCGCCAAGAGACUCGCAGAAGAGCCGUUGAGCGAUGACUUUCCAGAUUAUGCGGGAGGAGAUGAUCAAAAGAACGCAUCUAGUUAUAUUCUCGCCAAGAUUAACAAUUUGAACCGGGCUCAUCUCCGGCUGUAUACCCAUUUCACAGACGGUGUGUAUGAUGAGAAGAACUUGCUGAACGUAUGGCGAAACAUCCAGGAUACCAUCGUGGAGCGUGCACUAGAUAAUCUCAAGCCGAAAUAA